CACCGCUGCUGCGCUGCGCUCACGGAGAGGCAAAACAAUAGGCUUGAUUAUCCCGCUCAUUACCGAUGUCUGCCGUCAUCUAGCAGCCUUUCAUCUGGAUGAAAAGAGCACUCAGUUGGCCCAGUGAUGAGCCGCGCACGCACAACUGUGUAGGCAGCCCACACCGUGAAAACGGAGCAAACAAUGGGGAGAGUAUACAUUACGUUAGGUCGAUACGGAAAGGCGCGAUGGCUUUCAUGGUGAAGCACAUGAUCGGCGGGCAGCUUAAGGACCUCACCGGGGGCAUCGCGGAGGAGAAGCCGGAGGGAGAGAAGUCUGAGGCCGCGGCCAAAGGCAUGACCCAGGAGGAGUUCGAGCAGUACCAGGAGCAGCUGGCGGAGGAGAAGCAGGAGAGAGACGACAGUUUUGCCCAGAAGAAAGCCGAGCGUGCCACCAUCCGAACUCACUUCAGAGAAAAGUACCGGCUGCCAAAGAGCGAGCUGGACGCCACGCAGAUCCAGGCGGCGGGAGACGACGUGGCGCUGCCCACGGAGCUGGCCAAGAUGAUCGCCGAGGACAACCAGGAGGAGGAGCAAAAGCAGUCGGUUCUGGGUCAGCUGACCAGCCUGCAGAACAUGGACCUGGACCAGCUGAAGGACAAAGCCCAGGCCACCGUGGACGACCUCAAGAAGACCGCCGACAAGUGUGAGGUCAUGUGAUCGAGAGAGGACAGGAAGUCCAUGCGCUCAGUAUGUUAUAUAUGUAAACCGUCGUGUGUGUGUGUGAGGGUUGAAUUGAUGUAGCAUUCGAUGUAAAUUCAUGUUACAUGUAACUUGGUGUAUAAACUGUAAAACCCUUCUUCAACACGUUGUAAAUUAAAUUAUGUAAAAUAGAUGUGUGUAAACAUGAUAGGAUCAUGGCCAUUUAAAAAAGGAAAUGAAGAAACGUACACAAUUUGUAAA